UUGGGAGUACGUUCAUAUAUUUUCUUCCCCACGAAACUAAUCGCUGUCUACGUAUCAGAGACUAUCAUCGAACCAUGACUCUUAUCUCCACGGGAGGGCCGCCUCAUGCUCCGUCGUCGGAGAUCUCCCACCGCGCCCACCCGGGGCACAAGCUGAUGCUGGUGCCGACGGGCCAGGCCGUGUUCAAGUGCGACGGCUGCCAUGAGCACGGCACGGGCGGCGAUAGGUACACCUGCCUGCAGCCGUCUUGCGACUUCGACCUCCACAAGGACUGCGCCCUCGCACAGCCCACCUUCAAGCACCAGCUGCUGCCCGAUAGCACGUUCGAGCUCUCCUUCGAGCCCCCCCGUGCCAAGCACAGGCAGCUAUGCAGUGCCUGCGGCGACUACGUGAAGGGCUUGCACUACCACUGCUACAGCAAGGACCUGUACCUCCACCCGUGCUGCGCCAAGCUGCCUCUGGAGAUCCGUCUGGGUGAUGAGCUCAAGUUCGAGCUCCGCCCGGAGGUGUCUCACUGCUGCACCAAGUGCAGGAAAGGUGGCGGCGUCAGGGAUUUCUGGUUCUACCGCUCCACCUGCAAGACCGUGUACCUGCAUGUCCGCUGCGUGAUAGAGGAUGUUCUUCUGCCGAGCUCAAGUUCAAGUACCGAGUCCGACGUCGACGGUAAUGGCAGGCUGGCCCGUUACUUCAGGGAGAGUACGUCGCGGAAGCAGGGGUCAGGGAAGGCCGGGAGGAACUCCGACCCCAUAUUCGAGAUCAUUAAGGCCCUGGCGAGCAUCAUCAUCGCGGUACUCACUGGAAAUCCGGUGCCGUUAAUUCCUGCAGUGAUCGAUCUGGGCUCCAACGUCAUCAAAUCGUUGAAAAACAGGUAGCUAGCAGCUUCAUCCUGCUUGCUCAUCCUCAUCGUACGCACGACGUACUUGUUGGUGACGGGUUGCAUGAUGACAUAUAUUGUACGUAGUAUACUAGCGACUAUGUGUUCCAUAGUGCUUGUUUGUUUCACUUCAUGAUUUGGUAAUCAUACAGCGAUUACUAUACUCUCGUGAGCUGUAUACUCUCGUAUAUACUCCC